AGUCCUUGCAGUGGCUGUAACAAAACCCAGACCCCCAGGUCCGGGCCAAUGGAGGCGAUUUAGACUGGAGCAAGAUCGCGUCUGUCAAAAGCCGGACUCUGCAGCACGGCGGCGGCGGAGUCCGGAAGGGAAGCUGGAGCCAUCGGCUGCCUCCCCGCCCCCGCCGGGAUUUAUUAAGUAUUUGGACUGGACAAUCAAGUGGCCCUGAUGAUGUUACCAAGCCCGGUCACCUCCACCCCUUUCUCAGUCAAAGACAUUUUGAAUCUGGAGCAACAGCAGCACUUCCACGGCGCUCAUUUGCAGACGGACCUGGAACACCACUUCCACUCGGCGCCUUGUAUGUUGGCCGCCGCGGAGGGGACACAGUUUUCCGAUGGAGGGGAGGAGGACGAGGAGGAGGAGAGCGAGAAACUGUCUUAUUUGAACUCACUAGCCGCAGCCGACGGCCACGGGGAUUCGGGUCUCUGUCCCCAGAGCUAUGUCCACACGGUCCUGCGAGACACAUGCAGCGGGCCUAAGGAACACGAAGAGGAGGUCGUGAGGGACCGGAGCCAAAAAAGCUGCCAGCUGAAGAAGAAUCUAGAAGCGGCAGGAGACGGGAAGGCGACGACGGAGGAGAGCGAGAGACCCAAGCCGCGCAGCCGCCGGAAGCCGCGGGUCCUCUUCUCGCAAGCUCAGGUCUUCGAGUUGGAACGCAGGUUCAAGCAGCAGCGGUACCUGUCGGCGCCCGAGCGGGAGCACCUCGCCAGCAGCUUGAAGCUCACGUCCACGCAGGUGAAAAUCUGGUUCCAGAAUCGCAGGUACAAGUGCAAGAGACAACGGCAGGACAAGUCUCUGGAGCUGGGCGCGCACGCCCCGCCGCCGCCGCCGCGCCGCGUGGCCGUCCCCGUGCUGGUGCGGGACGGCAAACCGUGCGUCACGCCCAGCGCGCAGGCCUACGGCGCGCCCUACAGUGUGGGUGCGGGCGCCUAUUCGUACAACAGCUUCCCCGCCUACGGCUAUGGGAACUCGGCCGCCGCUGCCGCCGCCGCCGCCGCCGCUGCCGCCGCCGCCGCGGCCUAUAGCGGCAGUUACGGCUGUGCGUACCCGACCGGCGGCGGUGGUGGUGGCGGCGGCGGCCACGCGGCCACCGCCAUGCAACCCGCCUGCAGCGCGACCGGCGGCGGUCCCUUUGUGAACGUGAGCAACCUGGGAGGCUUCGGCGGCGGCGGCGGCGGCGGCGCCCAGCCCCUGCACCAGGCUGCGGCAGCCGGGGCCGCGUGUGCUCAGGGCACCUUGCAGGGCAUUCGGGCCUGGUAGAGACUUCGCUGGUUACGCGGCGGGCACCUCCCCCCUCGCUGCUUGGCGCCGUGGGGAAUGAAGCAUGAAAAAGGCCAGAUCCAAGAGCCAGGUCCCCUCGGUUAAAAGCAGCAACAACAACAAAACGACAAGUAAAUAAAAUGCGCAUGUCUUGCUCUCCAGAGCUCCGUCUGUCCGGAUCGCAGCUCACUUGAGGCCUGGGGAAAAAGACUCAGCAUUGGGGAGAGGAGGAAGUUCGAGUCCGAUCGCCAAGACUGUCUGAGACAGAAAUCUAGGCCAAAUGUCAGGCCGGACGAUGCCCUCCCCUCCAGCCCCCCGGUGCUGGCCCCUCCGGGGAGUGCGGGAGUCUGGGACUCCUACCGCCGCUGGUUCUCUUAGAGCGGCAAGGGCUUCUCUCUCUCCGCGAAAAGUUGGCGGGGAACUAGGACCAAAAAAGAAUAAAAAAAGAAUGAAAAGGAAAGGAAGAAAGAAAGCAAAGCAAAAGAAUGGGGGACGUGGUUUGAGAAUUCCCGGGUUCUCUCGGUCCUGUCCUGCCUUUGCUGGCCCGAAGCGCCAUCACACAGUUGAUUUUCGUUUUCCCACCGCUCCCCCUGAGCAGCGGAGACGCGGCCUAGAUCUCCCUGGAUUGUCCGCAACAGACUCAGGACUCUUCCAGGAAAAACAGCCCCGGGAGAUCGAAAGUUGAGGAGAAGAUUGGGGGGAGGGGGGCUGAGCAAAUCCAGGACCUGGUGGACCACCGGAGGUGUUCCCAGGUCGCCUUCCUGUUUCCUAUUCUGUAUUCAGCACAUAUUAUCUCUCUCUAUAACUAUAUUCACACGCCGUGUACACACCCGCUGCCAUACACUACAGGAAUCAAUA